AUGUCUAGCAUUAAGUAACCACUAAUCACAAAGAAACUGACCGAUGAGGAACAAAAGAUUGAAUCUUACUUUAACUUUGAGGAAUCUGCUUGUCCUAGCUUGGUCUCGGACGAGAAUCUUUCACUUAUUAGAUUUAUCUUGCUCAUACCAUCAAUAGCUACAUUUAUAGGAAGCAUAUUUGUUUAGUCAUUUGUAGAUACAUUCUUUUAUUUUACCUGCUGGGGUAUGCAUAUAGUCAAUAUUGCUAUUGUUUUGUCUAUUAUGGCAAAGUCUGAUAUGUAUAGAAAUAAUAUCAACUUCAAAAGAAUUGCAGGAAUUUUCAAUGAAAUCGCAUUCAUAUCAUAAUUUGCAAUUGUUGCGAUAUACUGGCCAGUGCUGCAUGAGGAAUCACUUAAAAUUGUUGAAAAACAUUAAGCUUAAAACCCAGAAUGGGCUUGGAAAUUCCACUAAUUAAUGAUCUAUAUACACAUUGUUCCAGCUAUCAGUAUCUUUCUCAAUGUUCUUGUUUCGAAGCUGGUAUUCUUCUAUGAGCAUUCUAAAAUGAUGGUGAUUUAUAGCAUUACUUAUUUUUUUGUCAACUUUGUAGCAACUAAAUUACGUGGAUCACCUGUCUAUCCAUUUUUGCCAUGGGAAGAUUGGUUUUCCCUUGUUGUCUGCCUAAUUAUCAUGAUUCCUAAUAUUUUAGUUUAUUACAUAGUCUGCGGAAUUGUAAGAUAUUUUAGAGUUCCUCAUAUGUAACUAAAAAGAGACUGA